AUGACGUUUCCGCAAUCACCAUCGUCUUGCUCUGGUAAUACGCCUGCGAAUCGAGCGUCAUGGUGCACUCACUCGAUCGAUACGGAUUACAUUCGUGAGACCCCAGAGACAGGUGUUACUAGGGAAUACUGGCUUGAUGUCGUGGAUGUUAUUGCUGCACCAGAUGGGGUAUCAAGGCCAGCAAUGGCCGUAAACGGUACUAUUCCCGGACCAACUCUUUUUGCCGAUUGGGGCGACACGGUGAUUGUUCAUGUGAGGAAUUCGCUCUACACUUCCAAAAAUGGCACGAGCAUACACUUCCACGGCAUACGCCAACUCUUCAACAAUCAGAACGAUGGUGUGGUGUCCAUGACACAAUGCCCUACGCCGGUCAACCACACGAUGACUUACACUUGGAGAGCCAUGCAGUAUGGAUCGACCUGGUAUCAUUCACAUUUUGGCCUACAAGCGUGGGAAGGAGUAUUUGGUGGAAUCGUCAUAAAUGGGCCUGCAACCGCGAAUUAUGACGUCGAUUUGGGUCCUCUAUUUCUAAACGAUUGGGAUCAUGCCACGGCAUAUCAGCGUUCGACCAUGCACAAAAGCGUGUUUCUCGCUCCGCCUCUUCAAACCGGCUUGAUCAAUGGCACCAACACCUUUGGCAACGGUGGUCAACGACUCAACAUUCGCUUCGAAGCCAACAAGACCUAUCGUCUACGUCUAGUGAACGCUGCACUCAUAUCUCACUUCAAAUUCAUGAUAGACAAUCAUGUCAUGACGGUCAUAGCGCAUGAUCUUGUUCCUGUGAAGCCGUACACAGUCAAUGUCUUGGACAUUACAAUGGGCCAACGUUAUGACAUUCUAGUCACUGCGAAUCAAGCUGCCACAGCACGUCAGUUCUGGAUGCGAUCUAUACCUCUGGGGCUUUGCGGUGAUCCGAACUGGAAGUUCAAUGACAUUCUAGCAAUUGUGCAUUAUGAUGAGGCAUGGACGAAGCCAUCUACAUUACCCUACCCAUACUCUCAGCUAUGCGGCGACCAAACCAUGAAAGCCGUGCCACACAUUGAAGAGGAUGUCCGAAAACCCGAUAUCGAAGUUUCCGAGACUACGAGUUUCGACAAAGUAGACGGGUAUUGGUACUGGACUCUCAAGGAAGCUCCAAUGCUGAUAGAGUGGGACGAUCCAACGCUCAGCAAAAUACUCCGCCACGACACCAGUUUCCAGAAGAACGACUCGGUAAUUGAGCUACCCGAAGCCAACAAGACAUUUUAUCUGGUAAUCAAGAACCCCUUAUUUGUUGCUCACCCAAUCCAUCUGCACGGGCACGACUUCUUUGUACUUGGACAGGGUGCUGGCCCAUUUUUACCUGGUGUCUCGCCUCUGAAAGUCAAAAAUCCCCCGCGUAGGGAUACUGCUCUUCUGCCUGGCUCGGGGUACCUUGUCAUUGGCUUCGUUACAGACAAUCCCGGUGCAUGGCUCAUGCAUUGCCACAUUGGUUACCACGUUGAAAUGGGGUUUGCUCUUCAGAUCAUUGAACGCGCUGAUGAGUUGUCCGCUCUUGUUGAUCAAGAUAGCCUUGGCGAAGGCUGUGACGCUUGGUCGGCGUUCCAGCGAGACAACAAUGUAAUCCAAGAUGAUUCUGGUGUCUAA